AUGGAUGGUACCUUUUCCGUUGUGCCACAAAUGCCUGUUUUUCAUCAGCUGUAUACUGUACAUAUACGGUACACUGACACGGGGAUCGCUACAGUUUUUGCUUUAUGUGAGUGCCGAACCUUGUCAAUGUAUAAAGCCAUAUGGAGAAAAAUAGUAUCUCUUGCUCCACGACUACAAGACAAUUUAAAAAGUGUAAUGUGUGAUUACGAGAAAGCUGCUAUGGAGGGGAUACGAGUACAAUUCCCUGCAGUCACCAUACAUGGCUGCUGGUUCCACUUUAAUCAGGCUCUAUUAAGAAAGUGGAAAAAGUUAGGAUUAGAAGGAGCGCAAGACGAGAUUCUCUCAAUGGCGAUGACUAUGCCCCUCGCUCCACCCGAUAUGUUUCCACAAGCAUUGAAUGAAAUACAGUUAGUUGCUGAUCGAUCCGCUGCCACCUUCCCAAAUGUGCUUCAAUUUAUGGAGUAUCUACAGAAAGUGUGGCUACCUAUUGCUACAAAAGUCAGUGUAUAUGGCUCUGCAGUGAGGACUAACAACUUGGUAGAAUCUUUUCACAGUGCUGUAAUCAGGAAAUUAAAGAUUGUUCAUCCAAAUUUCUGGUUAUUCAUAAAUAAUUUAACAAAACUAAUUGCGGAUCAAGAAACAAAUUAUAAAAGAUUAUUGAAUAAUGAAAAAAUAAGGAGUAUACGAAGACGCACAAAUAUGGCAAAGAAUAACAAAAUAAGAACGGCACAAGAUAAUUUAAUGUCUGGAAUACUGCCAUUAGAUCAAUUUUUACGUUUAUUUAGCAAAGACCAUAAACAAGAACAAUAUGAAAGUAAUUUAAUGUUAACAGAAAAUAUAUGUACUGUGUCCAGUGACGAACAUAAUGAACUUCUUCCAGAAAUAACAUUCUUUGCAGAAGAGGAAUUCACUGCAUCUGUUAACAAGUCCUACAAAAACCAAGAAACACAAACUACAUCCCCUUUUAAUACAGAUGGUACAUGUACUAUGCUUAUUUUCUUUUAAAUUCAUCAUUUACGUCUUUUCUAUUUAAUGUCAUCAUUUUUAUCUAUAUUGUGUUUCAGAUUGUAGUGGCAUAAUAUUGGCUGAAAAUAAUGUAUCUACC